AUGUAUCUGCCAGCUGAUACCUCGCGAUAUGCGAGGCAGACUCCUUUGCAAUUUAAUCAGAUGAUUAAUGGGAGUAUCUUUCCUGUGCAAGUUACCGACCCCAAUUGUAUAUUUCACCUGGACGAAAGCGAAUUUCAGUUUGAUCUUUUGGACUCAACAUUCAAACCGGAUAUAACACUUAGAAUCUCAAGGACACCCUUGCUAACAACGGAUCCACAGACGUAUGCAACGAUGUCGCGGUUUGUGGAGUAUAAUUUAAGGAGAUAUCAUUCUACUCUUGGAAAUGCCAAUCAGAAUCAACUCAGUAAGCCGCUGAAACACCCACCGGAGUUUGUUGGUCCUCAUUUUGAUAAUAGAACCGAAGUUCUUCCAAUGGGCUGUAUGGUCAACCCCCUUAUUGCAGAUCCAUUUAAACCCGUUCAUCUUACACCCGGUUGCCUGACGGCAAUUGUCGAUUAUACCAUUGUGGAUCAAUGGCAACGUAGGAGAGAAGCUGAAAGAUCAACGAGCGUAUCCGGGGAUUCCAUACACAGAAAUUCUUCUGUUAGUACCGGGCUUGGGGAGAAGCUAUUUGCAAACUUCAAAUCCUCAAGGCCUACUGGAAGGAAGUUUAUGGACCAUACAUUGAAACCUCCAAGAACAAACCUUGCUAGAAGUGGCUCGAGUUUCCUUGAACGUGUAUCAAGUGUGGAUGGAUUUUCAAAGAAGCUGGCCAAUGCAACCAAGCUUCUCAUUGGAUGCCACGGGAGGGCUAUAAAUAUGGUUAUACUAGAUGACAAUCCAAAAAAGAUUGCUGUGGAUCCUCCAGCUUUGAAAGUUAUACUGGGCUACAGCUGUAUGUCUUGUAUUGAUACUUUUCCUUACACAACGAGCAAUGGUGAAAAGAAUUUAGAUGUACUUAUUGGUUUCACUUCUGGUGAUUUACUUUGGUUGAAUCCGAUUCGCCAGAGGUACACCCGUUGGAACAAGAAUGGCAGACUCAAGUCCUGCCCAGUUGUUUCCGUCGAAUGGUCCAAAUGCGGCUCAUUUGCAAUUGCUGGAUUUGCCGAUGGUGAUAUGAUGAUCUUUGAUAGAGACCUUGAAGACGAUGAAAAUUAUGGACAUAAGGAAAAAGUUCCUGUGUCUAAGGCAAGAUAUAUGCGGACAUACCGAAGCCUUCGGCUCAGUAAGAAUGCUAGUGCUGAUCCUGGAGAAAGUGAAACGAAAGAGUCAAGACACAAUCCGAUUGCUCACUAUAAGUUCUCAAAAAAGGCGAUCGUCGACAUCACCACUCAUCCAUAUUAUCACAAUAUAGUUGCAAUGGCAUGCGAUGAUGGCUAUUUGAGAAUUUUCGACUUAUUGAAAGAACAGCUAACUGAUAUUCAGGAAUCUUAUUAUUCAGGAUUUCUUUCUGUUUCGUUUUCGGAUGACGGAAAGUACCUAUUUGCCGGAGGAGAAGACGAUCUUGCAUCAAUCUAUGAAUUCCAAGGUGUGAACCUAUUUUCUCCAGCGACUUCAGGUCUCAUCAAACAGGUUGCACGAAUGGAAGGAUCCAAGUCUUGGAUUAGAGAUAUCUCCAUUGACAGUCAUGGAUCACAAAGCGGCAUUCUUUAUAGGGUUGGAUGCGUUGGAGAUGGUGGUGCCAUACAUUUCUUCGAGUUUCAGCCAAGACAAAUUCCAGUGAUUAAGAAAGCAUUGAAGAAACCAAGAGCAUUGGCUGCUUCUUCGCCUCCUGUUAGGAAUAUUAGAGGCAAUCUCUCAUCCGCCUUAGCUGCAAAGAGAAGUCCGGGUGGUGGCACAACUGGAAGAGUGUCACAGGCUCUUCAGAAUAGGGAUUCUUCUCAACUUCCUUUGAAGGGAAGUAGUUUUCGAAAAGUUCUUUCAGGAAAGCACAGUAACAACAGGGAUUCGAUUUCUUCAAUGGCUUCUACUAAUACAAAGUACCGCUCUUCCAUAAUAAAUAUUAUGAGCCACGGCUCAAAUACAUCGUUGCAACAGUUGAGAUUUCAGCAACAGCAACAGCAGGAAACGAGCUUUGAUGAUAAAUAUGUGAAGGACAAUACAAUAUUUGCGGACUACCAGCUUCCUUGCCUUAAAACAAACACAGGUGCUUCGGAGCCUGAAUACCAUAAGACAUUAAGAAUGAAGGAAUGUCCAAAAAUAUUCCCGAUAUGCGAGAAGGACGUGGAUUUGGGCAGAAUGUACAGUUUGUAUUUUGAAAAAGAUUUUGUGUGGGCAUUUCUUGCUACGGGAGAUUUAAUUCGUUGGAGACGGCCAUAG